UUGCGACAUCACGAACUAAAAUUACGCUAAAACACGGCUGAUUUAUUGAAUUUCAUCCGGAGUUCGAUCGCAUUUGAUAGUUUUUGGUCCACCUCUGCCGAUUGUCAUCAUGUCUUCCAUUGCCGCCUGUCUGCUAAUAAUGCUGGCGGUUGGGUUCCUGGUGGUUGAAAACGACGCUUCGGUGCUCCCAGAACUAAAAACGGACGCCUUGGUGACCAAAGAUUUUAAUCUUCAAAAGAAAGAUCCCUGUGACUCUCCUGAGAAGCUGGGACUUGAAGACGGCGACAUCCCCGAUGAAAAUAUCCAGGCAUCAUCGAAUGCCAGGAAUCGCCCUCCUUCCAAGGCACGUCUGAAUGGCCCGUCGUUUUGGAGCCCAGCUUCUGGCCCCGGCGCUUGGAUUGAGGUGAGUCUUCUCCAAUCUACCGAAGUUGCUGGUGUCAUCACACAAGGCAAAGCGGUAUUUUUUGUGAAUACCUUUAAGGUGUCGUACAAGCCCCCGUCGUCAUCUAGGCUGGUGUACGUCACUGAGAGCAAUGGCAGUAUCAAGUUGUUUGAUGGCGGGGACCCUUACACUGCUUCUACCCCACGUACUCAUGACUUCGACCCGCACGUCAAUGCGCAUGCUGUCCGCAUUGUGAUUACUGCAGUACAUGUAAUGCCUGGGCUUCGGUUUGAGGUGAUUGGUUGUCCGAUAGAUGCAUAAUUUAUAACAUUGAAAGGAUGGUUGAUGACUCACUAUUUGUUUGUUCUUAUGUUUGAAAGUGUGUUGUUGAAAAGAAAGAAAUGGAAUAAAUUGGGGAGAAAGUAAAGUUCAUAAUUAAAGUAGUUUUGAAAUGAUUCUUUGACUGGCCAAGAGUGAAACUCCAAGUUGUUUAUUUUGAAGUAUAACACCGGUGAGUUUUGUGAUAGAGAAUUGGUCGCUUAAUUUCCUAGUAAGUGGCUCUACUACGUUCGAUGAAGCGAUCGACCUUCAGCUUAAUUAUCGAAAAGCUGGAGUCCAAUGAACCUUGUGGCUGAAAGAGAACUCAGCACUUAACUAGAUUGUGUGAAAUGUUAAAUGCGAUUGCGUGUGUCGAAUUCAGUGCAUUUAUUCUUAAAGAAAUACAAAUCGCUAUCACAAAUCGUUGUAACAAGAGGAAGGCAAGCCUUUAUUAAGUUGGUCCCAUACGAAUUCGAUCUGAAGCCCCUGUCACACUUUUGCGUAUCCCAAUUCCUUAUGAGUUCCUUAUCAACAAUUUUCA